AUGGAAAGUGAUGAAGAACUUGUCAUUAUUACUUUGUUAUUAGAUGAAGAAGAAAGUAGAGGAAAUAAGAGAAAACAUAGAAUGUGGAUACAUGACAUAUUCAAAAAAAGGUCACAAUUUGGAGAAUAUCAUACACUGUUUACUGAUUUGCUCAACGACGAUGUAAAAUUCUUCCAGUAUUUUCGUAUGUCUCAUGCCAAAUUCACAACUCUUCUUGACAUCUUACGUCCUCAUAUAUUAAGACAGAAUACAACAUACAGAGAGGCCAUAGAACCAGAACAAAAACUUGCUGUGUGUUUAAGGUAUGUAUUAAAAACAAUUAGUUUUAAAUAUUAA